AUGCCUAGGAAGAAAAAAGUUAAAUCGGGGAAAAAGCGUGGCAAAAGAUUGAAGACUUCUAGGAAAAAGAAGACAGUGUUAGAAGCUAAAAUAGACAAAUUUUGUGCAGAUGAGGAAAAGUACAUUGACUUUUUAAAGCGUUCAAAUUUGUGGAUAAAAUGUCAUGCGGAGCAAUUAAAAAAUCUUCUUCAUUUAACAGCCCACUACUCAGAUUUAAACUUUACAUAUGAUGAUUUUAAAGCUGCUCUGUUAUCAUUGAAGUGUCCAUUUACAAAGUUUGAAAUCGAUGUAAUUACAAGAUUGCUUGAUAAAAAUAAGAAUGGUUUUAUUGACUAUCAGGAUUUAACAUGCAGCUUAACAAAAUUAAGUCUUGAAGAUGGAACUCUAAAAGAAUUAAGUAUUGAAAGAAUAGCAAAAUCAGAUAGAGGGUCGGUUAUUUGCAAGUUUAAUUGUUUAAAUUGUAUAAAUAUCCAUGAAAGUCCAUUGCAUUUUGAGCAGUUGGUUCCAUUGAAUACAUACACUGAAGGUUUGGUUAACAUUAUUCGUCAUAAAACGUUAUUAUGGUUACCGAAGAUUUCAAUAUUUUUAAGUGUGAAUGCCGAGCCUGCAAGUGAGCUACUAUCAGAAUUAAUGCUAAGCGAUUAUGAUAUAAAAAGUGGUGCGAAAUAUGAUGCACCAAAAUUGGAUUUGUUCUACAAACCUACUGGUCAAAUAUUAUCAAAUGAUCAUUAUACUGUCGAAUUAUUAGAUACAGUUGACACUCUACAGUCUGAUCCUGUUUUAUGGUCUAAACUUGUGACAGAAAAUAUCAAAUUUCAAGAAACUUCACCACAUAAUUUUCAACUACUUGCUAAUAUAGAUAGUAGUAUAAAUCCUUUCACAUAA